AUGGAGUUAUUACCAGCGCUUCAGCUAUCCAGCAUCAUCGUUCGCUACUUCAACUUUGUUGGAAAUCUCGCAACUGCCGCUUCACUCGCCAAGAUCCAGCCACAAGAUUUCCGGCUCCAACAUGUUCACGACCAGUUCUCCAAAAUCAUGUCAGAAUUCCAAGAUGUCUUUACCAAGUUGAAUAAGGAGCAUCGUAGAGCCACAGAAUCAAAGUUUGCUGCAAUAUAUAGUUGUGCGGUUUUCUGCGCUCGCGACUGCAAUACUAUACUUGGGGGCAUCGAAGCAUCAAUUCAAAAAACGGCCACUUGCCCUGAAACUGGGAUACAGUAUGCGGCAAUGGUCGUCCGUGUAUUCGCAUCAGGUUCUCAGCAGGGCCUUAGGGUUAGGGUUAAGGAACAUGUUCUUCCUGAAGCUUUUCGUUUGGCUAACGAUAUCCUGCAGCAUGCACUAAGCCAACUUCAAGACACCAGGCAACGGUUUGGUACUUCUCUUACCGCAGAAUCCGCAGAUUUUCAAAAAUUGCAGAGCUCUGCUAGCCUUCUUCAGGUUCAGGUUGGCGGACUCAGCAUAGUCUCCCGUGGAACAGAGACUUGUGACGACUUCUUCGAUAAGCUAACGCAACUGUUAUCCGAUCUUGAGCGUGUUCAGAAAACGAUGCAAGUGCUGCACGAGCUCGACUAUCGUGAGAGGCUACAACGUCAUGAUAGAAUCUCGGAAGCCCACAAAGGAACUCUUGCAUGGGCCUUGAACCAAGGCCAUGAGGACGAUCCCAACAACUCAUCGACAUCGCUCAGUAGUUGGCUUACUUGUGAAAAAAGCCUUGCUUGGGUUACGGGAAACCCUGGCUCCGGUAAAUCUGUAUUGAUGAAGUUUGUUGCCGAUCAUCAAGAUACCCGAAAACUCCUCAAGACGUGGGCCGGAGAGAGAGAAGUACUAGUCAUCAGUCACUAUUUCGAUGCCCUGGGUACACCAUAUCAAAGAUCACUCGAAGGGCUUCUAAGAUCACUCGUAUAUGGCAUCAUAAGUGCAAAACCAACAUUGGGUAGUGAGCUACUACCAAAUGUAUGGGAGCCUUCAUCGAUUGCCUCUCUGCCGACUACGUUCGAUUUUGCAUCCAUCAUGGAUCGGAUAGCAAACAAUGCCUUCCCGGUCAAUGUAUGUUUCUUCAUUGAUGGCUUAGACGAGUAUGGUGGCGAGGAUACAUAUCUGUGUCAACUGAUAGCGAACAUCGCUCGCUUGCCUUUCGUCAAGAUAUGCGUCUCUAGCAACACCCUUCCUGUAUUUGAAAACAAAUUAGGCAACUUGUGUGAAACGAAACUGGCACUACACAAAGUCAACCGCGACGACAUUUACCACUACAUCAAAGAUCAGAUAUAUCAACGCAGGACUCCCUCUUCAGGUCCUAGCUACCAACAAUCUGGGGCUAUUGCUGAUAAAUCACAAGGGAUAUUUCUUUGGGCGGUGUUGGCAAUUCGUCUCCCCCUUGAUAUUUUCAGCCAUGUCCAGAGUUACAAAGACAUCCCCUGUGAUUUGAGUGAGUUGGUGAGGCUUACUAUGGAGUCUGUGGACUUUCGUCGACAUGAAGCAAUGGCGGGAAGUCUCAUAAUGGCUCGUGAUGAGCAAUUCUUACCGGCAGAGAUUAUUUUCUUUCACCAAACAGGAUAUAAUAUCGAAGACUUGAGGUUCUCGCUCUCAAGAGACAAAGAGCCACUUACAUCUGGGGGCGAAAGUUCACGAAAUCAAAUUUUCGCUGCAAAAAUACGCCUCCGUCUCAAACAGACGUGCAAUGAUCUAUUGGAAGUCCGCGAUGGGGGAGUGGUAUUCAUGCAUCGUGUGAUUCUUGAUUUAAUGUAUAAUCACAACAUCUCUGACUCCUUGCUCACGAAGGCUGGGAGAAACUUUGACUCCGACUUUUCGAUAUUCAAGGCAUCGAUAUCUUGGUUCAAACAACGGCGUUAUCAAAGUGGCAAACUUCAAGGCUCAAAAGCAGCUCCUCAAGCCAUCAGUCUGGCAUAUAUGGAAAGCCUCAUGAAGUUCCUUGCUACUCAUAGCGACGACGUAUCAAGCUUCCGUAACCUACAGCUUAAACCAUCCGAGGUUUACGCUUUGAGUAGAGCUGUCAACUUUAGAGGUGGAUGUGAUAGCGUUUGUAGGGAUGCAGCAUGGCCCAGUAUUGCCCGAGACUUGGGGUACACGGACGAGACUGCACUAUCAACUGCUGAAACCUUCAAGUAUACCUACAAGACCUGGAUCCGUCUGUACGAAAAUCACAUGUACCGCCAGAGGUUGGGAGAACGCGAUCCAAUGGAAGAUAUAUUAGAUCUUGCUGACAGUUUGAAACUGAGUUUGAAAUUCGCACGUCGUUGUGAUCAAAAGGAGACGCAGGUUGCGUCCGUGAUGUGGGAAAUUCUUGAUAAUGCCGAGGAAAGCCUGUUGGCCAUGGCUGCCAGAGGGCAAUACAACACAAUCGAUCUCUCUAUGAUGAGGGGCAUAUACCGGCAUCUGGUCAUUGAAGCUGGCAUCGAGGGUUACCUUAGGAAUAAGGUUUUAGAAGACCCAGGAUACUUCGACAACGAGUAUUCAAAGGCUUAUCGAUCGCCCUUGUACUCAGCGCUUGGAGUGACACCUCGUUUCCUCUGCGGUGGAAAGCCGAGAGCAAGGCAUUACAACAAGUGGCUAAUUGAGGACCUUCUUAUCCUUGGACAUGACCCCAACAAGACCUACAGGGGAGGAGAGACACCAUUCUCAGCAUUUGUUGAUCAUUGUAUCCCUGUUACACUAUCUGAUCCUCCUUUGCAGUUUGACGCCCGCAAUCUCAUUAUGGAUAUCGAGAUGCUCAGCCUUAUGCUUCUUCAUGGGGCAAACUCGGAAACUUACACUGAAGUACGCGACCAAAAGUCUAGAAAGUGGCGCGUUCCAGUUUGGUUCAAGGUCCUGAAACUGGCACCAUGUAUAGAAACUCCUUAUCAAGAUAUGUUCGAACGCGUGUUCGACAUGAUACUGGAGCACUCUUCUACUCUGCCACAUGCCCAAGCACUACUGGAACUCAAAUCUGGAGGCGAGACAUUUCAAUGGAUUCCCUAUCCUAUUUGGAAAAUCUGCAAAGAUAACUUCGAGCUACAUACAAUCACAGAGGAUUCUAGUCCAUCUGAUGCUUAUUUCGUAUUCAGGAUCUUUUCGAAAGUUUGCGAAAGAACUGCGAAGGACUUGGAAACAUCACAUUGCACUAAGCAGUAUCUUUCUCACUGCUUUUGGCCUAAUCAUCCAGAACUCGCUCACCAGAUGUCAUAUUCGACCCCUAUAAAUGAGUUGAGAACAGUAGGUCACACAACCAACAGUUCAUUCACGCCUGGGGGGAGUGCAGAGAGCUUGAGUUACCGGAUAUCUACAUCCGCAACUUCGAUCGAGCUUCCCGGGACAGGGGUCGACUCGGGACACCAAAAGGGUGGUGAUACAGAUGGCAGUAACAUCGGUCUUUUUAUGGAGGAUAGUAAUAUCGACGAUGUCUGCUCAAUCCAGUCAAUCGACGAUGACAUUCAGUCGAAAAUUAGUAGUAUUGCAAGAACACCUCACACCAUAGCUGCGGAACGUCAGGUUGGUGAUCUUCUGUCUCGUCACCCAGAAAUUCGCUUCAUCCUUGACGCAUCUGGGGAUAUCAUGCCAAAGGAUAGACUCAAACGCAACAUUCGGAGAUCACUCAAGCUUUUGUACCUGGAGCUCAGAAAAGAGGCUCAAGACAACGUCCAGGUGCAGGUCCUGACAGCACGAAUGCUUAAAGGACGGGGAUCCCGCACAAGAAUAUCAGAACGAGCUGUCAACGACGAACUCACAGUGGCUCCUCUUGAAAAUGAAGAUCAAGAUCAUAGUAAUCGCCUAGACUUUCGCAAGGACAGAGAGUUCCUGGAUACCUGGCUUUCGCAAGUACAAUUAUCCCAAAGAUUGGAAGAUGACUCUCUAAAAGCCCAGCUAAAAGACGAUACUAUGAGAGAUACUGCCACAGAAAGUGACUAUGGCACAAGUGAGGACAGUUUAAGUGACUCAGAAGAAUUUCAAGCAGUUCAGCUCGCCCAAGAUUUUCUAAUGAACGGCGCUCCCUUUCUUGCUUUUCUUACGCAUCUUGGUCUUUCUUUAUUGCCUGAUCAUCUAAGACAGGUCAUGCAACUGGCAUCCUGGGACAAUAUAGAGCUUAUCGACACCCCGUUCGAGAUCUCGACUAUUGACCAAAUCAAGUCGUUCGCCGAGAAUUUGACUGGUAGUCCUUGGAACUGGUGGCCAAUGAAUACACCUAAGGUCCCGCUACAGAGAGGCUAUAUACGAAUGAACUGGCAUUGUCAUUGCGGCAAGCUAUUCUGGGUUGAUGUCACCCCUACCCAGGCUCGAAUAAUUGGGAGAAUAGUCAAUGACCCUACUUCUUUCGUCAAUGACUAUUGCAAGGUUAUUCACAGCGGACAAACUAUCUUUCAAAAGUUAAGGGGUUGGUUCAGCUGGAAUUCGGAUACGAUUUUACCUGUUUCGGUGCCCUCUUCUCAAGCCAACCAGCCAUCUAUAUUCAAUAGGGGGAUCAAGGAUCAAGAUCAAGGAGAAGCAACCACUACCGCACACUCUCACAGUCCGCCUAAAACCGUCGAAGGCUUGAGAAUCUUGUUCGGGGUCCCCAUGGGGCUUAAGACACUUCAUGUAAUCCCAAUCCCAGUAAAACCGCAACCGGGGGAAAAGGUUUUUCCAUUGUUACAAGAACAAUACCGAAGAAUACGAGGGCGUUGGAGAGCUUGGUUCUCUUUUUGGCAGCUUAGCCACUGCGACUUUGUCAAGUUUGAGAGCAUUGCGCGCAAUGUUGUUGUUGCUUGCGGUCAGGAUUUACCAAAAGCCAACGAUCUAGACUACGAAUAUGCACCAAAGCCACCGCAGGCAUCGAUACCUCCUGUUCAUCCACAUGUUUUUGAGGCUGCGUUUAACAGCUGUGCCGGGGGCAAAUGUCGUUACCCCUUUCCUUUCCACGACUGUUACGAGUUUGAAGAGACCGCUUACAUACAACGUAUCCCGAAGAAGAAGACGCCGCUUUCUUCUGAAGUCAACGAUGUCCCUAUUUGGGGGCUUGAGGCCCGGCACUGUAUUUCUUGCAUUCAUGUUAUUCUGUAUCAUUUGCUUAUUCUAAUACCUCCCUUUGCCCUAUGGGGAUGGUGGUUGAGUUUGCAUCCUGAUGAUAUCCAGAGUGCAUCAGUUCCCAUGACUGUUGUAUUGGCCAUGAUUUCUAUGUUCUGGAGUGCUACUGGGAUUGUGAAGCAGUUUCGAGGUGAGCUAUGA